GUGCCAAUUCGCUUGCUCUUUACGCCCCAUGAGCGUGCAGCCUGCCUGCUGUUAUGGAUGCCAAUGCUCCUGAUGUAGCUGCACUAGCCACCCAGGCUGACCAUCUAAUGGCAGCGAAGAUGUUCUCUCUGGCGUGUUGUGUUAUGCUAUUCUACGACAUACUCAUCACGUUUGGAGACGAGGUUGAAAAGAUAUGGAAACAGCGGUUCUCCUUUGCUACGAUAUUAUGGUUUAUGAAUCGCUACUUGUCACCAUUAGGCUAUGUCGUCGUCAUAGUUUCUUUUCACGAUCCCGAUUGGAGCAAAUCUGCCUGCAAUCGUUACGUUCUUUAUCCAGAAGUCCUAAAGAUAUUCACAUCAGCAGCCAUCGGAGUGAUCUUUACUCUUCGAUUAUACUCUAUCUAUGGCGGAAGCGUAUUCGUGUUAAUAUCGGUGUCAAUUCUUUUACUUGCCGAAUUGGCAGUAAAGAUUUGGGCGUUUACUGAUGGGACAAGUGUUAACUUGCCUCCUGGUCUUGUUGGCUGUAUCCUUACGGGAAGGGACAAUUCGAACGAUCGUUUUGUCUACACCUGGGUAGCAGAACUCAUCUUCGACUCGAUUAUCUUCCUUGCAACCAUCACAAGGACGUUCAUCAUCUACUGCCGACAUCGAGCAGGUUCUGCCAUUCCUUUGAUCAAGAUAAUGAUGCGAGACGGCAUCAUCUACUUCCUCGUCAUCUUCGCGGCGAACGUCGUCACCGUUACGCUGUUCCUUGUAAUUCAGCCGGACCUAAAAGCAGUCAACGCGAGCUUUAGCACACUGAUCACGAGUCUCAUGGUUUCCCGUCUUAUCCUGAACCUGCGAAAUCAAGCAAUGCGACCAAGAGCCGUGGUUUCCUUUCCUUCUCAACAGCACCCGCCGGAAGGACUUCAUCUCACGUCGACUGUCAUUGGGAAUCUUGGCGAACCUGUGGAAAGUAGCUGGUUCGAUGACGAUAAGGCAGUGGAUGCUAGCGCUUCAGGGAACGCUUACGCGAUGGAGAAUCUGAGCAUGUACGGAAUCUCGGAUUCAGGAAAGCAGCAUACAGACUCGAACAUGUCUGUGCCUGGGCAGAUUGUUGUGGAAGUUACCAGGAGCAUAACGACGGACGUUCGCACAAGAACGUAUUCUAAUCUGCAUCAGCAGGCAGGCCUUAACGACGGCACUAGCUUACCUCGUCAAAUUCGGGAUGCGCAUACAUCUGGGCCGUUCUCACACUCCUCUUUAUCAGGGCACCCGCGAAGCGAUUUGCAGCACUCGCGGGAGCGGGAAGAUGAAUGUAGAGAAUAUGAGGAAGAUUCGACACAUACUCAAAGCGUUGGGACCAGCGCGUGUGGGUGGCAGCCUCCUCAGGCCUGGUUGCUUGAGAAUGUCGAGCUUCAUGAUCUUGGGAAUCCGCGGCGCUCACGGCGUAGGCCGAGCACAUCUUAGGAUUAUGCUUAUCGUUCUCGUCUUUGUUCUGUCUGGUAUGGUCAAUUGCGUAAGCUAGAGACGGCUGAAAAUAGUUGGUAUUCGAGUUACGUUUGGCGUAGCGCUGAUGCGCCUGCAUUUGGGACUAUGAAGUAGGUUUUGCUAGUUUUGUCGUUCUCUUCUUUCGAGCACUCGUUUGUAUCUUUAGACUCUGGUGGUCUGGUCUAGCCUCUCGUGUAUCGCACUCUCUCGUUCUCUUUUAUCUCCUUUGCAUAUAUGUACACUCUUUUCCCCUAUACACCGUCAGGGGAUGGUUGUCGCAAAGAAUAAUAAACGA